AGUUUUUCUUGCUUCCGUUCUCUUGUCUGUAAGAUGGGGAUAAUGCUGCUACCUGCCUUUAUAGAACUACUGUGAGGGUUUCGUAAAAUAAUAUUAACGAAGGGCUUAGGACAGCGAAAGUGGCCUAUAAAUGCUACCUCAUAUUCCUCUGAUCGUCAUGCAGUAUGUGCUGGGAGGCACUGAGCCUGGACUGUCAUCCUCCUCAGGUCAAUUUGGAGUGGCCCUUGGAGUCAGUCUCCUACACCGUCCGAGGCCCCAGCCAGCAUGAGUUGCAGCCUCCACCUGGAGGGCCUGGGACCCUCAGCCUGCACUUCCCUAAUCCUCAGGAAGCUCAGCGGUGGGCAGCCCUGGUCCAAAGUGCCGCCGUGGAGGGACAGAAUGGCAGUUACAGCCUGCCGCCAGCCCUGGGCCCAGAAACGUGCCCUGUUUCUCCACCUAGUCCCCCUCCACCCAGUCCCCCUGAAGUGCCCACAGCCAAGGUCCCCCAAUCCAAGGUGGAUCUGCCCUGGAGCCCUGGAGCCUUGAUGGAGAAAGAAGAGCUGGUGGGGCGCCUGGCCCGGGCCAUCGAGGGUGGGGAUAAGAAGGGGGCAGCCCAAGCAGCAGCCAUCCUGGCCCAGCAUCACGUGGCCCUCAGCGUCCAACUCCAGGAGGCCUGCUUCCCUCCUGGCCCCAUCAGGCUACAGGUCACAGUUGAAGAUGCUGCGUCCUCUGCUCACGUGUCCCUGCAGGUGCACCCCCACUGCACCAUCGCAGCCCUCCAGGAGCAGGUGUUCUCGGAGUUUGGCUUCCCGCCAGCUGUGCAGCGCUGGGUCAUUGGGCGGUGUCUGUGUGCGCCCGAGUGCAGCCUCGCUUCCUAUGGGAUCCAGCAGGACGGGGACCCUGCUUUCCUCUACCUGCUUUCAGCCCCUCGAGAAUCCCCAGGUUGCAGCCCUCAGCAGCCCCAGAAGUUGGAUGGAGAACUAGGCCGCCUGUUUCCUCAGUCAUUGGGGCUGCCUCGAGCCCCUCAGCCAGCCAGCUCCAGCCUCCCCAGCCCCCUUCAGCCCGGCUGGUCCUGCCCUUCCUGCACCUUCAUCAAUGCCCCAAGCAGACCUGGCUGUGAGAUGUGUAGCACCCAUAGGCCCUGCGCUUGGGACCCCCUUCCCGCAGCCUCCACCCAGCAGCCACCAAAGGUACCAGAGGCAGAGCCAGGGGAGGGGACGGGGCAGGGCAGCGAACAAGCUGAAUUGACUCAUCUUCCCCCUGCCCCCAGGUCACGAGGAGAGAGGACGGCCCUUCCCUUCCAGGCCCGAGGUCCCUGGAUCCCCUCCUGAACCUCUCGGGGGACCGCUGCUGACUGCUCACUUGGGACAGAGCCAGGGUUGGGGAAGGGACCAUCAGGCAGAGUCAUUAAAGACACUUCUGAGCCAGCCA